AACUGGGGACGGACGAGUUUGGUCAUAACACACUAACUGUAAUUUACCACCUUUGAUUUGCGCUAACAUUUUUCGACGGGCGUCCCUGCUUUUUAGAAUAUCGGACCCAAAGAAUUGAAGAUUGGUGCCCUGAGACACAAACAAUAAAACACUGAUGUCGGGUCGUAUUAGGUCAUUGACUCCAAUAGUGCCAAAUUCAUUAAUUUUUCAUCACAACACAGAUUUUCUACUUUGCUGACGAAAAAUAUGGUGCCGUAAAACUACUGAAAAUGUCUUUCUCUUGCCCCACAUUUAAUGAAUUCGCGCGAAACCUCAAAUGGAACUGUGUAAAGCCAAAGAAGCAAGAGAAUUAUAGAAUGGAAUAUUAUGUCCGCUUCCUCGUCUGUGAGAUGAGUAAAAGGCAGUUCGCCUGAUGACCAUGAGACUUCACGGGAUCACGCUUCUACUGGUGCUUGUGAUGUACAACACGACGCAAGGGAAAGCAGCUACUGGAGUCAGUAAAAACAGUGCACGGUCUGUGCUAGAGGGAAUAACACCAGACGAGCUACGUCCCAAGGCUUCUGACGCUGCGUCAGGGAGUAAGAAGCAUCAGGUGUACUCCAGUCAGGAUGUCAUGCCAGGUAAUGUUAACAUUGCGGGAGGGGCAUCGCACUUAUUCAACCUCUCACCAAAAGAUGUCGCCGCGGUAUCUGACUUUAUGAAAGAUGUUGAUAAAAACCGCGGGGUGUUGACUCCAGAUCUGAUGAAACAGAUGGCCAACUUGGAAGAGCUACCUCAAGCGCCAAGUAAUAGCCAAGGUUACGAGAGGAACUUGGGUAUCAGUGACUCGGUUGGUAUGAGCCCGCAAUACAACGUGCCAGAUAGAGGAGAGACCGAUACGCGUACUUAUCAGGACUCCGAGCUUCCUUUCAAAGUGAACGAUGAAAAGGCGUACAAAAGCAACGAGAACACGGGAGAACAGACCGAUCGCUAUCUUAAUGACCCCUUGCCUGAAUAUCACUACAAAGAGACUACUUAUGACGUACCAAGUGAGUCGGAAAACACCGUCGGUUACGUUAACCAUGGAUACGGAAGAGCUGGCGAUAAGGAGCCGGAUUUAGUGAAGCAGUACAACUCUGAAUACGGAGAAGAAAGCGUAGAUCCAGAAGGACUCGCGGAUUCCUUACAAGAUAAGAAGGCUGCCGAGGAUCGACUUGUGAAUGAACUUGGAAGGAAAGUGCUUUGGAAUAUCCUCUCGCAGAAACACGCUGAGGAGACUGAGGUAGGUGGCUCGAAGACGCAAAACGGGGUAUUAAACGAGGGCGAGAACGCAUCGAAUGAGGCAGCCCCUACGGUUCAGAACAACGGGCCUGUCACCACCACCCAGGGGGAUGGCCUGACUCAUUUUGCAGCAUCUAUUGCCAGGCUCACAGGUAAGGACGAUAGUAAUGCGGAAUUCAAGCCACAGGUAUCUCAGGACGCGCAAAUACUCUUAGAUACUAAGCUAAAUGACGAGUCAAAAGAGGCACCCACGAAUAAGCCCGAUACUGCAGUUAUUGGUAAGCUGAACAACAAGCUCCAAGAGGCAGUUAAGUUACUUGUCCCUACAUUAAAGGUAUCGGGUAUUCUAAAUCCUCCAAGACCUUCGGAGAAAGUCAGAAUUGUCGUGCCAGGGGCAGCUAUCGCGGACUCUAAAGCAGCGAUAAUCCAGAACGAAGACAAGAACGAAGACAAGGACAAGGACGAUACAGUAACUUUGAAAAUCUCAGGGAAGGGAAAACCUGUAAGCUUUAACGCUGAUGCCAGUAAGGAUGGCUCUAUAUUGUUGAAAAUACCCAAAAAGUUUUCAGAGGAUCUCAUUGAAGACGUGGAAAGCAAAAAGAAAAAGGCUGAGUCGAAGAAGCAAAUGCCAAGACCAAAAGAGGAAGAAGAGGAUGAAGACGACGCAGAUUCGAGAGAUUUGAAAGGAAAACAUCUUCCAAGGCUAUCAUCCGGGAAUUCACCUACGAUAAGUAGCUGGGUAAUAUCAGGCAAGAAAAAUGAUGUCACCACUGAAAGACCGACAACUCCAGCGAUCACUGAAGUGCCCAACGACGCGAAUGCGAAUCCUCUAGAGAAUGCGAACUUGGGUCAGAUUGCUGGGCUAACCCAGGCAUUGUGGGCUGGGGAGCUUGCUAAAAUGAAUCAGAAUGGUGGAGAAAAUGCUCUGCCGUACGCUUAUUCGUCAGAGAAUUCCAACAUGCAGCAGCUCAUGUCACUGCUGUCCAACAGACCAGGGGCUCAAGUGGGCAAUCCAAUGCACGAUGGGAAGGGUUCUGCCUCAUAUGGCAGUGGAGGACACGUGGGAGGUAUACCGCUGGCUACCCUGCUGCAGUCAUCUAGAUUGAUGGAAGCCACUGGGAUAGCGAGGAAUAAGGGAAUGCCAGGAAAACCUUCUCAAAAGCCAGAGGAGCUGAACUUGUGGUCACCCUGUUCGGUCACAUGUGGACAUGGGAUACAAGCAAGAGCACGGCCUUGCCAGGGACACGAAUGCAGCGGGUGCCAGACAGAGAGCAGGAAAUGCUACCAAGGUCCCUGCCCAGAGGAAAUAGCGAAAGCAGGGCUGAAACUGCAUAACCAGUUCCGCAGAUGGCACAAGACUCCUUCCCUAAAAUGGUCUGACAAACUCGCCAAGAAGGCUCAAAAACUUGCUCAAAGCAUGGCCGCUGAUUCAAACCACACGGAUGACGAAGCUUACUCACAAAACGAGCUUCCAGGAGAAAACAUCGCUGUGUUUAAGCACGAUUACGACAUAGCGGCCGAGCGCGCCACGAGGAAAUGGUACGAGGAAGUUGAAGGCUACCGCUUUGGGAGCCCUGUGCUUGGCGAGGCAACUAAGCAUUUCUCUCAGCUUGUGUGGAAGGGGACGAAGAGCGUCGGGAUAGGUGUGGCGAGGGGGGCUAGGGAUAGGACUUAUGUUGUAGCGCUGUAUGAUCCACCGGGUAAUGUGGAAGGCGCCGAGAAAGACAACAUUCACACUCCGGACGACGCGCCAAGCUAGUACGGGACGAAUUCAUGAGAGAUAGGAGAGUACUGAGGCGGAGGUAGGGGGGGGGGGGAGUUGGGGCUGGCCUCCAGAAUCGACAAGGAGAACUGGGGGGACAAAGCUGCCCGUGGAAGGCAGGGCAAGAAUCAGCUCUGAUACACCGUACGAUAGUAUUUCGCGACAUACUGACGGCGCUAGUGCGUCCGUCUUGAAAAGAGACGAAUCGAUAUUGUCCUGGAACGGGGGAGGGGUGGGAUUUUUUCACCGCUUUUUGGUCAUGACAAAGAUCUUGCUGUAUUCUUUAAAUUUUUUUGGGCGUGAUUGGGGGCUUAUGAACAAGCUUGUAAAGUGGUCGGGUUAGGACUAUGCGAACCAGCGAUGCGUGCUGCCAAGAUUCAAUAAUAAAAUUGGACAAACAAA